UGCGUCUGACGUCAGCACGCAAAGACCCAAACCCGAGACUGAAGCUGUAAACAAUAAAACCCAGCCCGUCCGUCAUCCAUGCACUAAACAUGCAUCUGUCCGCGGUGUCGGUGCUGUUAUCGGUGCUGUUGUGCCUCUUGUGUGGCGGAUCCGCGCGAGGUUAUUACAGCAACCCCUUAAACAAGUACAUUCGGCACUAUGAGGGUCUAUCGUACGACACUGAUGAAGUUCAUGAAGCUCACCAGAGAGCCAAACGAGCUCUGAGCCAUCACGAGAGCUUCUUACAUCUGCAGUUUCACUCUCACGGCAGACAUUUUAACCUGCGGAUGAAGAGAGACACCAGGAUGUUUUCUGAGGACUUUAAGUUGGAGAUGUCUGGACAGGAGAUGGAUUAUGACACCUCUCAUAUCUACACCGGUGAAAUCUAUGGUGAACAGGGCACUCUGAGCCACGGCUCUGUCGUAGACGGGAGGUUCGAUGGCUUCGUUCAGACCCAUCGUGGGACGUAUUACAUUGAACCAGCUGAACGAUACCUGGAGGACAAAAACGUUCCCUUCCAUUCGGUCAUCUACCACGAGGACGACAUUCAUUAUCCUCAUAAAUACGGUCCAGAAGGUGGCUGUGCGGAUUCAUCCGUGUUCGAUCGAAUGAAGAAAUAUCAGACGUCUGCCGUGGAUGAACCAGCGAAGGAGGUGAACGUAAAGAAAACGUCAGUAAAUGAUCCUGUUGUGCUGAGGAGGAAGAGGAUGACUCAGGUGGAGAAGAACACAUGUCAGCUCUUCAUCCAGACAGAUCAUCUGUUCUUCAAAUACUAUAAGACCCGAGAGGCCGUCAUUGCUCAGAUCUCCAGUCAUGUGAAGGCCAUCGAUGCCAUCUACCAGGGCACAGAUUUCAUGGGCAUCCGCAACAUCAGCUUCAUGGUCAAGAGAAUACGGAUAAACACCACCAAUGACGAGCGAGAACGUUCAAACCCGUUUCGCUUCGCCAAUAUCGGUGUGGAGAAGUUUCUGGAGCUGAACUCAGAACAGAAUCACGAUGAUUACUGCCUGGCCUACGUCUUCACGGACAGAGACUUUGAUGAUGGCGUGUUGGGUCUGGCCUGGGUCGGGGCACCAGCGGGCAGUUCUGGUGGAAUCUGUGAGAAGAGUAAAUUAUAUUCUGAUGGUAAGAAGAAGUCUUUAAAUACUGGAAUCAUCACGGUACAGAACUACGCCUCUCACGUGCCUCCUAAAGUCUCUCAUAUAACAUUCGCUCAUGAGGUCGGACACAACUUUGGGUCGCCGCAUGACUCCGGGUCAGAGUGCACUCCGGGCGAGUCAAAAAGCCAGGACAAGAAAGAAAGAGGAAAUUACAUCAUGUAUGCCAGAGCGACAUCAGGAGACAAGCUGAAUAACAACAAGUUCUCGGUGUGCAGCAUCAAAAACAUCAGCCAGGUGUUGGAGAAGAAGCGAGGAAGCUGUUUUGUGGAAUCUGGGCAGCCGAUCUGUGGAAACGGUCUGGUCGAGCCCGGUGAGGAAUGCGACUGCGGCUACAGCGACCAAUGCAAAGACGAUUGCUGCUACGACGCCAAUCAGCCAGACAACAAGAAAUGCAAACUGAAACCCAACCGAGUGUGCAGCCCCAGUCAGGGUCCCUGCUGCACACCCCAAUGUUCCUACAAGAGCCGCAAUGAGAAGUGUCGAGAGGAAUCCGAGUGCGCUCAUCAGGGAAUGUGUAACGGUGCGUCGGCCCAAUGUCCCACCUCAGAGCCCAAAGCCAACUUCACCGCCUGUCACGGAGACACACAAGUCUGUCUGAACGGGGGCUGUUCAGGCUCGAUCUGUGAGAAGUACGGUCUGGAGGUCUGCACCUGCGCCAGUGUGGACGGCAAAGAUGAAACCGAACUCUGUCACGUUUGCUGCAUGGAGAAAAUGAGCCCGAGCACAUGCAGCAGUACCGGCUCCGAGCGUCUGGCCCGUUUCUUUAAUAAGAAAGUGACGACCCUGCAGGCCGGUUCGCCCUGCAACGACUUCAAAGGUUACUGCGACGUGUUUAUGAAGUGUCGUCUGGUGGACGCCGACGGUCCUCUGGCACGACUCAAGAAAGCCAUCUUUAACCCGGAGCUCUACGAGAACAUCGCCGAGUGGAUAGUGGCUCAUUGGUGGGCAGUCUUACUCAUGGGCAUUGCACUCAUCAUGCUUAUGGCGGGAUUCAUCAAAAUCUGCAGCGUUCACACACCGAGCAGCAACCCUAAACUCCCACCUCCAAAACCACUGCCAGGUACCCUGAAGAGACGACGAGCUCAACAGCACGCCAACCAACAGCAGCAACUUCAUCAACACCAGAACCAACAUCCUCACGCUCACCAGAACCAGCGACAGGCUCCACGUCAAGCCCAGCGCCAACCCCAGCCGCAACGUCACCACCGCCAGCCCCGUGAUAACUACCAGAUGGGUCAGAUGAGACGCUGAGACCCACGAGCGCCCCCACAGUGCCUGACAUCCGUGGUACUGCAGUCGCCCGAAGCCUCUGGUCCACAGUCACACUGGAGAAACACAUCUGACCUUCUGCAGGGCCAGGACUUUAUCUCAACUUUUAGAGAAGAGCGUUCAUUUGUUCGUUCCUAAUCCUAGACUAUAAGGAGGAGGAGAUUGUUUUGAUUGACAUACACACACAUAUAUACAGACAGAUCUCUGAUGGUUUUAGAUGUAGAUUCUCUCAGACUGACAGUGGAGCAGUGAGCUUUACUCCAAAGAAUCAAAACCGGCUCAGAAACCAGUCCACCCCUUCUGAUCUUCACAAUAAACAUACAAAUAAUCUUUCUUUUAAAGUCAUGCACUAAACUGGAGCGGUUUACAUCCAUAAUGCUUCCACCCUUCAGAGCCCGAUCCAGCCGUCUGGAGUUUUCUCUUUGGAGUGAAAAGAAAUGAACUUCACCGUUCGCGCACACACUUCCCAGCUCGCUUUGGGAAACACCGAACAAGCUCCGUUAGGUUUUUAUUUGGUCUUUUUUCUCUGCAGUACUCGAGUGGGGUAUUAUUUGUAGAUAGAGCCACUUCUGUAGUUUUUCUUCGGUUCUCUUUUCUUUUUCAGACUCUUGCUUUGAUACAGAAAUAUGUUUUUAGCAGCGUCCAUCCUCAGAAGGAAUGUCAGAGCUUCGGUCAGACGUCGUCGGAAAAGGACUUUUAUUUUGUAUGACCGGAAACGUCAAGCCUUUCCUUUUUCAGCGCGCAGAAGCCGACGCGUCCGUACGAAUUUCGCAGCUGUAUAGAGAAACGAUACGAGUUGUAUUAUAUGUGAGAACAAAUUAUUUCUUCUACUGUCGAUAAAGAGAUUUUACCGUUACAGUUUUGUUGAAAACACUCAGGACGAUCGAGGAGAAACGGAUCAUUCGGAGCUGUCUUUCAUCAUUCCACGCGACGGAUUUUAGCGUUUACAUUUUUCAUCUCAUGUUUUUGUUUGUUGACAUGUUUACAAUGUUUUGUUGCUGUUCUCGUUGUGUAUAGGUACACUGCACCUCCAGAUGACAUUGUGAAACAAAUUGACUGUUUACUGCCUACCUGAAUGAAGAAUGUGCACGGCACACACACACACACACACACACACGUGACACUAAUAAAUGUAUUGGUUUAUGAAGGGUACUUGUUUAUAGAGCAGAAGAUCUCGACUGAAGUCUUAAUAUCUGUACUGAUGAUGAUUUACCUGAAGGGUUACUGCUCCAGAUCUCCUCAUCAGUUUAAAUCCGAAGGACACACGGACAAAAGCUCUUUUAUAUUUGCGAGGAGCUAAGGGUGAAUUUAUACCCCUGAUCUCUGUAUUUAUUUGAAAUGAAAGCAUUAUUGAAGUGAUGAUGAGCCGUUAGCAUGACAAUUUACUUUCCAGUCUCUGCUAGUGUCUUUGAAGGCCCAUUUAAAGCAUCAUGUAACUGAAGUGUCCCUGUAGUAAUGAUUCCCGCCUGAGAAGUACAGUGACAGUGUUAUAUAAACACAAAGUUUCCUCAUGACCUCAGACUCACUGAGAACCAUGAGAGGAGCUCAUCCAGAGCAAUCGGACCUCAGGGUCGGCCAGGAGUUUAUCAGCUCCGCUCCUGGACCUCCACAGUCCUGCGACUCUCCAACCUUUAUCAGUCUGUGAAUCCAGAUCUUCUGUGUUUGGAGAGAAAGUCAGGAUGGUGGCCCUCCAGGAGAAGGAUUGAAAACUUCAGGGUCAGACAACACAUUUGACUUUGACCUCAGUGAGUUAUAGCAUCAAUGUUCUCCAGUUUCUGAAAUGUUUGAAAAGAUUCUUCUCAGUCAGCUGACACGCAUUAAACCGUCUGUCUGUCCAGUCAUCACGGCCUGCCCGUUUGAGGUGAAUAAUAACAACGCAGCGUUUGUGAUGUUUUCAAACAUUCGUCAGAUGGAGGAGUAACUUUUAGGAACGUCAUCAUGGUUACGUGUCGCAGCUCCGACAGACGUUAGUUUUCUGCUCGUCCAUCUUCAUCUCAAACAGACUGUCCUCUUCUCUUGUAAACUAUGUACAGUAACUGGAGAUUAUCUGUUAUAUUUGAAGAUAAAUUUUGAUACUUUUUGUUUGCCUCUUAAAAAAUAAACAAGUGUGUGAAAUCCAGACCGACCACACGGAGAGACGUUCCCUCCGAGAUCUAGAAGUGUGCGUCAGGAUGAACUUUUGUGCACAUGAAGGUUUUUAUUUUCUAUACUGCCAUUUAAGAUGAGAAACAUCAGGAGAAAUGUGAAGUGGUGGUGGUCUGGACUGAAUAGAGGAGAUUGAAUAUUUGCCUGUAUUUGACUUUUAUCUUUUUUUUUCAUAGUCUUGGUGAAACAUUAUAGAGGAACGUGCACUGAAAACGUCUUAAUUGAGUCAAAAUGUCGUAGGUGAAAAUAGGCUGAUCACUAAAGUUUAAAACGAAUGAAAAACAUAAACCGAUGAUUAAUUAAUUCUGCUGUCUGUAAAUGUUCACUGUGUUUUAUACAGUAACUUCAGUUUCGUUCACUUUGAACAUUUCUACGUAACAUUUUUUCGGAACGUAUUGUGCGAAGAGAUGUCAUUUUUUUGGAGUACUUGAAAUGCAUUAAUAAAAAGACCCGGUUGAUUGGC